GGUCACACUACUCCGUAAUCAUGGCGCUGAUGUUCUCACAAACUGCUCGCAUCAAGAAAGCUGUAGCACUAAUCAAUAACAUAGAUGCUGCCAAGUUCCCUCGGUUACUCUCCAGAAUUUUACAGAAACUGCAUCUCAGAGAUGAAGAUUCAUUUUCCGAGGAGGAGCAGGAAAAACUGCAAAGUGCCCUUGGCCUCGAGGGAAAAGACUUACAGCUGGUCCUGGAAACGACAGCGUUCAUUCUAGAGCAGGCUGCCUAUCACAUAGCCAAACCAACAGUGCUGGCCCAGCAACUGCAGAACAUAGGGCUGGAAGAGGAUAAGGUUUCAGUCUUUGUGAAGGCAUGGACCUCAAGUGGAAAGGGGGUCGUAGAGAAGCUACGGCAGAGAACGUUGGCACCCAAUCAGUUGGAGGAGGUGAACUGGAGGUUGAAUCUCCAGAUGGGGCAGGCCAGCCAGACCAAGAUGAAGCUGCCCAACGCCAUGUUCGAGCUGGUUGCCUCAGGCCAAGAGGCGGGGAGCAAGGACAAGAUCAAGCUGGAGUUCAGCCACGACGAGCUCUACCAGUUCUACAACAAGUUGGAGGCAAUACAGGGACAACUUGACUCACUGAGCUGAAACCUGUUCGGAAAAGCCCGUCAGCAUCUCAAUCCAGGUCUUGCUUUUUGAGACGUGUAUAUCUCUCCUGAAGGAGACAAGGAAACUUAAUUGCUCUGAAUCAGAAAAACAAAAAAAUUCCUCUCAAGUGUAAGGUGUUGAGUUUAAUUUGUAAUGGGUUUAAUAGGCAUGAUUCAACACACCGUGAAACUGUUACCAGAGGGCUUAAAUUGACGCAGGUGUUUGCUGCAUUGUGGCAAAAGUGUCAAUGUCACUUGGAUGGUCUGCCAGUUUCAAAGCACAAGAGCCAGCCAGGUGACCCUUAAGCCAGAAGUAGGGGGCACAUGAUGGCGUGAACAACUCCUCCCCUUGGUUAUCUAGAAAUUGGUGUAAGAGUCAAGUUUUUCGGUUGAAAACUGAAUUCUGGUAAAGUUUCAUGGCCCAAUGUGUAUGUGAAGCACUUACUCAAACUUUGUAGUGGUUUGGAGGAAGAGGAUUAACAAAGUAUAUUCUAUCGUUUCUUUUCAUUUUCUGGAAAGAAUUUAAUUUAAAAAAUUUAUGUAUAGGUACCAUUAGUGAAUGGUGACUUAUUCACAGCAUUAAAUCACUGUUGAGGCAAAAAAUGAAGGCUGCACUUUUAGAAACAAACCUUUUAUAUCGUAACAUUUAGGUUGUACGUAAAGAACAGCUUCUCUGUCCACCUACAGCGCACAGGGCCAUCCAAAUCCAUUAUGUAAAUAAAUGUAUAGAUUUUUAUACUAUUAAGAAUUAUUAGUCGUGAUAAAAGCAUGAAUCGACUGAGUUUAUUACACUCUGGGAACUUGUCCAAGAAAAGGCUAUUGGGGAAUGUAAUGGGGAACUGAAAUACCUUGGGAGGGGCUCCAAACAGAUGCAUUAACCUCGCCACAGGACACUUAAAUUCCUUUUCUUUGCUCUCCUUUUAGUUUUUCAUAAUUCUGCACAUUGUAUAAUAUUCCAAUGCAGUCAUAAGGCGACAACUCAUGGUUCAUGUUCAGUCUGUCAUGACUGACACAAUUUGCAAAAAAGAGACACCACACUGUACCAUUCUCUUUUUCGCUGCUUUUUUUUUCAAUUAUUUCUUUUAUUACACAAGAAAAGUGUGAGUGCCAGGGAGACCAGCUUUUACAAGUACAUAGCUUACGUUACUCGUAGAAUGACAAAAGCUACAGCUGUGUAAUGGGUGAUUUACUAUGUACAAUUUCUCAGUGGAUGAAAGAUAAAUCAAAUGUUGGAAAUCGAA